ACUCACCUUAUACAGAUGAGGCGAAGAUGAAGGCCAUACUCUUUGUAGCUAUGCUACUCUUUGGUUGUUCUAUUGCCAAAGGAAACCAAGCAAAGCGAGCUCUAACAUGUUCCGGUUUUCCGAAGCAGCUCUCGGGUAGGCUGUAUACGGUCGAGGUGGACGAGUCAGGGUUUUCAGAAACAUUUGACAUGACAUUCAACUUAGACUUGAACCUUCAACGUAUGCAGGAAGAGGAAGGUGAUGAAAUUUUGAUAAUGGACUUUAAAGAGGGCAAGCUCUACGAGCACAGCCCAGAGGGAUGUUACAGUGAGCCACUGGAGGAAAAAACUUGGCCUGAAUUUUUGCAAGAUUUACCGUUUACACAUAUCACCACAGGUUUACUUGGAUAUAAGGGAGCCUCAGUUGAUUGUUACUCAUUCCAAGAUGAUGAAGGUGUUGGUGUCGUAACACUCGAGUCUGGAGACCAAUGCAUUCCCGUAUUCUUCGCUGAGAAGAGAAAUGAUUCCGCUCUUGCGGGAAGUUUUCUUGAUUUAAAAACCACCGUCCAACCUGAGAAACUCAAGAUACCAGACGAGUGCAAGCAAGCAGCGAUCUCUCAACGCUCCAUUCCAGCCAUGAUUCAAAAACUCAGGAUGAAGACCGCAAUGAAGAGGAUGUUCCCCUUAAUGUUUGAGGCUCUGCAUGCCCGACGAAAACGGCGAUUUCCCUGGGUUGUUCCGAAGCUGCACAAAAUUCGAAAUAGAAAAUAACUGUAUAAAUUGUGCGCAUAUGGGCAAAAAUGAGUUGUAACACAUUCAAAAAGAAGUGCAAGUCCAGAAUAAAUGAUAUGUGACACGAGAA